AUGGCCGCGUCACAGGUUCAAGCAAUGCUCCGAUUCCUCUCCCAGGAUGCCAAAGUACCUUUGGCAUCGGCGAUAGGCAAGGUGAUUGAGCUUCAAAAAGCAGACCUUACCACCCCCGACCAAAUAUCGAAAGGGAAACUCAAAAUGCUACAAGAUAUCUUUAAAGAUGACAAGCUUGCAAAACAAGUGAUGAAUGCCGCAAAAAGAGUAUCCAAAAAGCGCGCAGCGCCAACAGGGAGUGAAGAGAGUCAACCCAAGAAGAAGUCUAAAGCUUCACCCGGAGGUGAUGCUACUACCCCAUUUGCUAUCGAAUGUGCGCUGGGGCUUCCACUCUCGUCUGCCACCGAAGGAGAGCUCUCAAAAAUCGUUCUACUCACGAAUCGGGCACCGCUUGUGCUUGCUUUCGCUGUCAGUAUUUUAAGGUAUACAAUGCCAGAGCAGCCGAUUUCCAGCCGAUUGAGUUUGGCACAGGCCGUUGUCAGUGCCAACAGCCGCUCGAAAGCUGUUAGCUUAGGCCUUGAAAGUGGGAAGCCUGCCGAAGAGGAGGGUUGGGGCGAAGGCCAGCCCGUGAUCACGGUACUAGGCCGGGACAUCAAGGUUCUGAAAAGGUGGGACUACAACCCCCGAGAGGGCCAACUUGUGGAAGGGAAUCGCACGCAUGAAUCUGCUGCAAAUCCUGUCUUCCUCGACGAUAUGCUUGGAGAAUGCCGCUCAGGUGACUCGGACCUUGCGCCACCUCUAUGGGGGGUUGACACCGAAGCAUUAAGAAGCGCAAAUCGCUCUGGUGCGAGUUCUAAACCCGAUAAACCGCUUCCAAUAUUCACGCCACAGUCAGCGCGUUCUUAUCUUCUGAAGUCCUUUAUCCGGGCUCCUAGUGAGAAUACCAAGGAUACCACCGCUUUGAAAAGAAGAAGCCAAACUCAGGUUGUGGCGGAAAAGGAAACGUGCUUGGGCCAUUUGCUACACUGCAUUGACUUGGUGUCUCGAUCUUGGGCUCCAACUCUUAGCAAGGAUGAACUUGAUAGACGGGCUUGGGCCUGGUACAUACGCGUCAGACCUGAUGUUCAAAGCGGAGUAGGAGGUUGGGGAGAGAAAGGGCCUGUGAAGCUGUCGGAUAUCCUAGCCCUCAAAAGACUGCCGUAA